AUGCGCGCAGCCCCCGUGCUGCGCGUGACGCUGCUUCUGCUGCCGCACUGGCUGGCGGCGCCCCGGCCGGCGCAGGCCGAGUCCCUCUUCCACAGCCGGGACCGCUCGGACGCGGCGCCGGCCCCGCGGCAGCGAGCCAAGCCCAUCGCAGACCUGCGGGCCGCGCAGAGAUUCCUGUCCAGAUAUGGCUGGUCGAAGGCGUCGUCAGCCGGGGGCCCCAGCCCCGAGGGGCUCCCGCCGGCCGCCUGGGGCUCCGCCCUGGCCGAGGCCAUGCGCAGGUUCCAGAGGGCCAACGCGCUGCCGGCCAGCGGGAAGCUGGACGCGGCCACGCUGGCGGCCAUGAACAGGCCCCGCUGCGGCGUCCCCGACACGCGGCCGCCCCCCCGGGCCGCCCCCGAGACCCCGCCGGCCCCCCGAGGGGCUCGGCCCAGGGCCCGGCCCAAGCGUUUCCUGCACGCGCUGCUGCCCAGGCCGGGCGGGCGGCAGGACGCGUCCUCCGACGGCGGGGCCCUCCGGGCCUUCUCCAAGAAGACGCUCACGUGGCGGCUGGUGGGCGAGGCGUACAGCAGCCAGCUCUCCGUGGACGAGCAGAGGUACAUCUUCCGAUUGGCCUUCCGGAUGUGGAGCGAGGUGAUGCCCCUGGACUUCCGGGAGGACCUCACCGCCCCCGGGGCCGGCGUGGACAUCAAGCUGGGCUUCGGGAGAGGCCGGCACCUGGGCUGCCCGCGGGUGUUUGACGGGAGUGGGCAAGAGUUUGCUCACGCCUGGCGCCUGGGCGACAUUCACUUCGAUGACGACGAACACUUCACUCCCCCCACCAGCGACGCGGGCAUCAGCCUCCUCAAGGUGGCCGUCCACGAAAUUGGCCAUGUCCUCGGCUUGCCCCACACCCACAGGACAGGAUCCAUAAUGCAGCCCAAUUACAUUCCCCAGGAGCCCGCGUUUGAGUUGGACUGGUCAGACCGAAAAGCAAUUCAAAAGCUGUAUGGUUCCUGUGAAGGAUCAUUCGAUAUUGCAUUCGACUGGAUUCGCAAAGAGAGAAACCAGUACGGUGAGGUGCGGGUGAGAUUCAGCACGUACUUCUUCCGCAAGGGCUGGUACUGGCUCUAUGAGAACCGCAACAACAGGACGCGCUACGGGGACCCUCUGCAAAUCCUCGCCGGCUGGCGUGGCAUCCCAGCACUCGGCCUAGACGCCUUUGUCCAUGUCUGGACCUGGAGACGAGAUGAACGCUACUUUUUUAAAGGAAACCAAUACUGGCGGUAUGACAGUGAGCGGGACCAGGCCUACACAGAAGAUGAACAAGGAAGAAGCUACCCCAAGCUGAUUUCAGAAGGGUUUCCAGGCAUCCCCAGCCCCCUGGACACAGCCUUUUAUGACCGGAGGCAGCAGUUAAUUUACUUCUUUAAGGAGGCCUUUGUGUUUGCAUUUGAUGUCAACAGAAAUCAAGUACUUGAUUCUUAUCCACUGCGGAUCACUCAAGUUUUCCCAGCACUAGCACCACAAAACCAUCCCUUCAGCAAUAUCGACUCGGCCUACUACUCCUAUGCGCACAACUCCGUUUUCCUCUUCAAAGGCAAUGCCUACUGGAAAGUAGUCAACGACAAGGACAAGCAACACAACUCCUCGCUGCCUUCGAAUGGCUUAUUUCCCAAGAGGUCUACUUCGGGGAAGUGGUUUGACGUUUGUGAUGUUGAUGUGUCCACAUUGAACAUGUGAUGAGAACAGGGAAGCUGAAGUGACCGUAGGAUUUCUCUUCUAAGAGAACAAGUCCAACUUGUUUUACAGAGAAAAGGAACCAGGUUUCAUUCGCUAAAGCAAAUAUGGCUCCUUAAGUUAAGCCCAGUGCAAAAGCAUUACCUGAACUCUCUCUAAAAAGCCUUGACUUCAAGAUCAUUUGGCUCAGGGGGGAAAAAAAAAAUCAAAUAAUUUUACUAAUAUUUAAAGGAAGGCUUUAAAAAAGAAAAAGCAA